AUGAGGACGACUUGCCUGCGCGAAGGCGACGCUCACGCAAGUGCCAGGCCAGAGCGCGGGCCUCGGGACGACGAUCGCAGGCCGCCUGGGCGCUGGCCUAGCAGCAGGGACGACGAUGGAAUGCAUCGCAGGCACUCUAGCUUGCACAGGCGACGCUCGGGCAAGCGCAGGCACGACGAUGGAAUGGAUGCCUCUAGCUCCCGCAGGCCAUGCUCGGGCGACAGGCCGCGCUCCAGGAGCCCCAAGCGCAGGCGUAGCAGGAGGGGCGACGCCUCCCCGAGGCGUCCAUGCACGGAGGAGGCAGAGGAGGAGGAGGAGGAGGCCACUGGUUGGGUCCCCAUUCCAGGCAAGCUCCACCCCACCGGACUGGAUGAGGUGGUGGCUAUGAAGUAUGGCUUCUUUCCAGUUCGUAACAGGGACACUCCUCGGGACGAGGAUGGGAAGAAGAGCGACAUCUUCUUGUGCGACAAGGCUGCCUACCAGGUGUUCAAUGAUGCUCAUCUCCGAGGAACGGAGCUGGGCGCCUGGGUGACCAAGCGUCUCCGUUUCGGUGCCUUGUUCGCACACCACAACUACGACCAGGUACCGGGCUGGAGGGUGAUCACAUUGUUUGGGCGACCCAAGGCAAUGCUGCCAACCCGAAGCAAGACGGUCAUUCUGCAAUGGCUUAAGCUCCAUGGCCAGCAGGAUGAUGCUGAAUAUGUGGAGUCGGCUAAUCUGUUUGCCGAUGCAGCCACUGGUAUCGACGGAGGCGCUGGCUCCUGGAGGACUGUUUUCGUGUGUGGCAACACCAAGUUUGCAGAGCUGCUCAGGGAAGACUUCGCGGGUUUACAGCAGCUGUUUCUGGAGCGCCGGGCAGUGGACAAGCCUCGUGACGUUCCUUUCAGGGUGUGGCACGUAACAAGCCAGAGUUGCUCUCAACUCGAGGAAGAAUGCCUCAAUGAGUCGGAGCAGGACUUCUCGUAUCAGAGGGGAGGCUGGGCGUACCUGAGGGAGAGUGGAAUCCCGAGGCCAGCGUCAGGAAACUGCCUGCGACGAGGUGAAAGAGUUUGAGCUCUACUUGAAGAGCUCUCACCUUCGUCGUGGUUCCAUGAAUGGAAGCUUAUAGCAACACAGACCUGUGUGCUUAAGGAAGGAAACUGCUGUUGUUUCCUAUUCCCAAGAUAUAUUAAUAAUGAAAAAGGUUCUUUUUCUCUAGAA